ACAGAGAAACCAGGGCUCCUCAGGAGACAGGGCAGAAGCACUGGCCUGCAGACUGACUGUAAACACAGAUUGGAGGGGUUUGGUAAAGCCGAAGGCAGACUCUAUAUGUGGAAAAUUGUUUAUUUGCACGGUGUUUUUCAGUCAGCUGAUGUGAGAGGCUGUUAGUCCGGGCAGUUGUGGCCCUGAACCUGGCAGAGCCAUGGGGAAUGAGAGCAGCACAGCUGAAGCAUUGCCAGAAGAGGGCGCUCCAGAAAGUGUUGUUCUUUUUCCGCCUGAGGAAAAUCUGAAUGACCCUCUGCAGACGCACUGCUGGACUGAGGCACGAGCCGGGAGUCUGACUGGACAGGACAGCCAAACCCUGCUGACCGAGGCCUCCAGCAGCCAGCCCGUCCUGCUGUCUCAGCCCGUGCUCCCAGACGUCCCCAUCAUCACCGGAGUGGAGGAGAGCAGAGGCGCUACAGCAGACCAAGAGGACAAGGAAGAGCUUGAGUUUCCUCACGAUCUGCUGCCCAGUUUGGAUUUCAGCAGUGAGCUCAACAUCUGGGAGUCCUCACUGGGAGCUCACACUAGCUCAGGCCAGAGGAAAUGUGAGCAGGGGAACCCUCUGCUGGUUGGCCUGCUGCAUCACAUGGGAGACAGUGGACCACACGUGGUUCAAGAUAGCAGGCUUCAUGGUUGCGACCCAGUUAUCACAGAUGCCCAGCGUUCACCUCAGCCUGCUGCCACUCCUCACCCACGACCCCUGACCCCUUCCCAGUCUGAGUUCUUAGACCGUGAACUCCAAGAGGCCUUCCAAGAAUGUGAAGAACAAAUGGUGUCACUGGGCCUGCUCACUCCCACAGAGCUCCUCAGAAACAAUCCUGAGGCAGUUUAUGAUGCUGUAAAGACAAGCGAAGUGAUAAAAAGCGAGGGAGAGGGAGAAAGCGUGAGUUAUGAUUUACUGGAGGGAGUAGCUACCGUAGCAGUUGCAGAGAGUGAGAAAGGAGCAGGGGAGGAAAAACUGGGAAGCAUCGAAAAGUGCCUGGGCUCUGCAGGAGGAGAAAGAGGCAAACUCUUGGACGGCCCCCCUCAGCUCUCCUUAAUCUCCACACAAGGAAAAUGCACGCUUGCAUUCUCAUCUGAAGGGGGACAGGCAACAUUUGAGAAAGGCUGCAGCAGCAAAAUGCCACACAACUUGGCAGAGAGUGACAUCAAGGGGCCGAGGGGGAUGAGCAUUCUUCGCUCAGACACCGAGAUUUCACCAACCGAAGAGGCAGACACAGAAAAGGAGCAACUACGUCUAGAAGCCUGUAUCAGUUCCUCUUCCCUCGGACUACUCCCUGGUCCUGAUUUUCAGGAUCACACAACUGUGGGAUUGGAAAGAUCAGGGGAGGGAGGGGGAAGAGGCGAGCAGUUCGGAGAGAAAGGAGAGCUGGCUGGAGAGCGCGGAUCGUUCAGCCAGCCAGAGGGCUCUGCUAGUGGCAUGUCAUCAGCCGAGACAGACUCGCGUCCGCCCACUGAUGUUGCCGAGUCACAGCUGAAGCCACAGAGCUGGAGCCAGCCGACUGCUGCCAUCACUGAGGGCAUCUGCUCUGAACAGGAUCGUCUGUUUCACCCCUGCCGGGAACAGAGUGGCGUAGCAGUAUCACCUCACCCAUCUCACACCGAACAGAGCGACAGCAAUAUAAAUGGAGGGAUAAAGGCUGGUCUGAAGAAGGAAGCAUCAUCUUUGGGAUAUACUUGUAAGGAAUCAUUCAUCACGGGCAACUACAACCAAGUCUUCCUGCCUUUAACCACAUCUCAGCCUCUGGGUCCUUCACAGCUGACCGAUCGAAAAGAAAUCGACAAUAAGCUAAUCCAGCCGUGUAGCACAGCAGAAGUAAGGAGAGCCGAAAGUGAAGCUGAAUUCCACGUCCAAACUCUGACCCAGAGCAACAGUGGUAGCCCUGCGAUGUCUGGAGUGGGUGUGCUUGUAUGUGACAGAAAAGGAGGUAACCACAAAGUUCACUUUCUGGAUGAUGACAUGUCCCUUCAGGCUCUAGACCGUGCUUCUUUGCCCCCCCUGACUGUUUAUGAGAAUUUGCACUAUCCUGUUGUUGAAGCCAGCUACACCUUUCCAGAAGUUCUCGGCUUGAAGAAACAGGAAACCCCCCAAAACGCAGCUCCCACCAAGAAUGAAGCAGCAACACACAUUUCAUCCAACAUUUUAGACUCACAAAAGAGUGAUCAGCCAGAUAAAACAGAGAGAGUAACUAACAGCUCCAGAACAGAUGUCACCAUAGAUCACUCAAGCCAUGAGAAAAACACUGUAGAUCUCCAUGCACUGACUGAGCCGUGCCCAGAAAAACUUCCAUGUCCUACUGUGGCUAAUCACACAGGUAAUGAAGAUCUUCCUCCUGAAACUGAUGAGUUGCAUGCUGAGGCUGCAGAUUUAGUUAAGACUGACCUGAAUCAGGAGUCGUCUUUGGAAGGUGACGUUACUGUGAUUCCUGAUGAAAAAGAAGAGGAUCAGCAUCUUUCAUUUGUGCUUCCAGCUGAUGAUGUCCCCUGCUCCACUGAGAUCCCCCCCGGGGAUAAUGACCAGAGCUCAGAGUCUGAAAGCGGAGCCUCUACCUGUGCUGCAUUUUCUCAGACAAAACCUCCUGUGGCCAAUGACCAACCUUCCAGCCAAUUAUGUGAAACGCUUCCUAAUGGCCAAGUCACUGUGGACCUCAUGGGGGCUAACGAGGGGCAGAAAACCACAACUGACUGUGCUGAUCCAAUAAAGGAUGAAUCAGCAUCUGCAGAGGAGGGAGCCUCUGGCCGGUUAACUCCUGCGAUUAGCCAUUGUGUCAACAGUCCACCUUUUAUGCUGCGGCCUCCUGGUCCGAUGUUGAACCACUUAGAGCUCAUUACUGACUGUGAUAUCUCUUUUCCUGAGCAGACCGAUGACCGCAGUGCUGAUGGAGACUGCACCAGUGUCUCUGGAGAGGUGGAUAACCAUAAACCUAACGAAAUGACACAAACGACUCUGGCCCAGGAUCGGAAGCACAGCGAUGGUGGUGUUAAAACAGCUGCGGCCGGUCUGGGAAAGGAAGAUGGAAACAAUGCUUUGCAGUGUUUUAGUGUGCCUCAGAAUUUUUUUGCCAAAGAAUUAAACAUCCCGUCUUCAAAAGAGGAAAAUGUGCCUCAUGAAGCUCAGUCUCCCGUUGCAGUUGGUGUAAUGUCCCAGGAGGAAUUAGAUAAUGUCAUUUCCCCACGUCACACUGAGCCAGACUGUGUUGGCACAAAACCCAUUACUUGUAAAGCAUCCAUUGGAGAUGACCUAGUAAAUGUCAGCUGCCCACUCAGCUCUGACCUGCGUGCCAGUGACACAUAUGAAAACAAUACAGAAGACAGUACCGGAGAGAAAAACAAACAGGGAGAUCAGACCGCUGUGCUGUUUAAAGAGAAUGAGAAUGAAGAGGCAACAAUGGAUAAUCAAAAGGAAGCAGCAGAUAGCAGCAAACAGCAGGCGGGAGAGACAGCCCCAACCUCACAGCAGCAGGACGGAGCAAAUAAAGAGGCUGUUGUGGAAACAGCAGCAUCACAGCCAUCACAUGAAGAUGGAGAGAAUAAGGCUGAAUCACUAUCUGAGUCUGAAACUUCAGCCUUAGCGCCCAACAGAGCGUCAGAAACACUUGAGGACACGGCACCAACAGAAUUAGAGUCUUUUGGGGAAACUGCAGCUGUCUAUGGGCUGAGUUUGAGCCAAAGUGGGACAGUAGAAUGCACCUCUGAUGCCGACACUGCGCUGGAUAUCAGUGCAGCGGUUGGGCAGUCACAAGCGUCAGUAGAACUCGAUGUUUUUGCUUCCCGACAGGAGCAGCGACUGGCAUCCACACGUUCCAAAGAGGAGCAGUCAGGUGGCACUGAACAGGGGGAAGAAAAGAGUCAAGCCCGAGCAGUUUCUGGGGGUGAACAAGUGAACACAGUGGACACCUCGAGGCCUCUACCAUCUCUGGAGUCUCCUCAGCAAGAGUUUCUGACUCCCACUGAUGAAAUAAGUGCACCGUUGAGACAGGAGGAGGAGUUACCCCCGUUGGAGCAAGCAGCGGAGAAAACUACAGCGAGCCAGAGCCUGAACAUUCUAAAUAGGCCUGUAGACCUUCCUGAACCUUUAGAAAAGACCGUAGCCUUCUCCAAACCAACACACCUGAUAGCACAGCUUUCCAUAUCAUCACAGAGCACCAAGGCAGAAUUUUCAGAAGAAGCACCAAAAGAAGGUGAACCAUCAGACCCAACCCAGACCGAAGUUCCUGUAGUUCCUGAGGUUCCACAAUCUGGAAGAAAACCAAAUGAGGAGGCUGAGGGAGCAAAGGAGGAGGCUGAGUUCCUACAACCAUCCAAACAGUUCGAAGGCAUUCUAGAGAAAACAAACAGUGAGGUAAAAUCCCAAGACCCUGCACAGAAUGAACAGUCACCCAAAAAGUCGAUAGCAGAGCCCGUACAACAGGAGAAGAAGCGUCUAGAGAAGCCAGAAGAGAAACCUGUUGAGGACGCACAUGUGGAGUCUUCAAUAGUCCUGACUGAGACAACCGAUGUGACAGAUAUAGUCCAGGACCCCCCUGUGGAACUCCAGGACAGCCCGCCCUCCCUUGCUGAGCAGGCAGAAAGCGGUCAGGCUGAGCCUUCCUCUCCACCACCUCCUCCGUCUGACCAACACUUCCUGUUCACCACUCCUCCUCACCUGCAAGACACCACACAGCUCCCCACUAUUUCUCCCACACCCUUAGAAAGUUGCACGCUUGAAGUUCUUCCAAACCCACCUGCAUCCCCCUGCCCUUCUCCUCCAGCUGCCCCUUCUGCACCCUCUGCUAACCACUGUGAGGAUCUUUCCCCUGCCUCUGCACCCCGUCCUGUUCCUUUAAGGAGCUCUGACUCUGAUGGAGCUUUUGAGACUCCUGAAUCUACAACUCCAGUGAAAUCUAUUUCUCCGAGCCAUCCAGAGUCACCCAGAGAGCAACUAACAUCAGAUGACAAAGGUGCAAACACAGAAACAAGUGAUCAAGGUUCUGACUUUGCCAAAGCUGAUUCACCCAGUCAUUCAUCAACGAGUGCUUUUGAUGAGAACAAGCCUAUUGCUGCCAGUGGUACUUACAACAUCGAAGUUUUUGCUGUUGAGCCUACAAGUCACACUCUGACCCGCUCGCUCAGCCUCCAAGGAGGCGAGUUAGAUAACACUAGUCUGUUGGACGGAUCCGAGUCAGGAGGUUUCCGUCCACAUUCUGAAUCCUUCAGUGUAGGAACUGAGAGUGCCCCGGGGACUCUCCGUAGGCCCAAGAAAGUCCGUCCUGGUUCGGUCAAGAAAAAGCCCCUCCUCAGACAGAACUCCAACCCAGAGAGCCCGAGGCCAGCCUCAUCCAGCAGCACCCCAGAAAUCAAGAAGCGGCCAAAGCCUCGGACUGCUAGCCCUUUGCAGGCUCAGGAGGAAACAGAAGGAGGCUCUCCAACCCUAAGUCCCGGAGAGACUCUCCGACGUUCAAGGAAAAGCCGCGUGGAAACUCCCCCUCCUCUACCUGAAGAAACCAGUCAUACCAGCCAAGAGGAAAGCCGUACUGUCCCUGCCUUACCUUUGUGUCAGGAGGAGCUCCCCUUACCCGCUAGUCUAACGGACACAGACGAAUCUCCAAUUCCUCCCAGUGCCUCCUACAAAUGGGAUCCUGAUAACUUUGAGAACAUUGAUCCCUUUAAGACUGGGGGGAGUAAAAUAGCCAAUUCCCCAGUUCUGGGUCGCAAAGGUCCCAUUUGUGGCCCUAUUUCCAGCCCACCUGCUCCUACAGAAAAACCACAUCACUCCAGUCCCCCUCCUCCUCUUGAAGAACCAAUUACCAAUCCUGAGGAGCAACCUAUUUUAACCAAGCGCCAACCAGUAAGACUGGAGUUUGACUACUCUGAAGAAACCUGUGAGGCAUCACAUCAGGCUUCCCCUCCACUAAAGAAAGUGGUGAAGAAGCCUAGUGGCAAGAUGCCUCUAAGGAAACCAAAGCUGGGAUUGAAAAAAACUGCACCUGCCCCGGUGGAGCAACUGGACAACAGCUUUCCUGCAAAUGGAAAUCAGAAUGAAAUCCCUCCUCCGAAGGCAUCUUACAACUUUGAACCUGACAAGUGGGAUGAUCCAAAUUUCAAUCCAUUCGGUUCAAAGACAAGUAUCUCCAACUCCCCCAAAAUGCCCAGGUCAUCAUAUAACUUUGAUUCCAACAACUGUGAAGACUCCACAGACCCUUUCAAAUCCUCCAUCAAAAUGGCUAUGUCUCCUCCUAAGGCACAUGCCUCAUUUGAAGUGUCAUCCAAUGACUAUGAUAAUGAAAAUGACAAUGACAAUAUUGGAGAGCUGGAGGACCAAAACCAGAACAAACCUGUUAAGAAAAAGAAAACUCCUCUAAAAUCUAAUACUUUCAGAGUGAAGAGGUCCCCUAAGAAAUCACCAUUGUCAGAUACAUCACCGGAUCCAACCCCCGUAGAUGAGUCUCCCUCCAAUCAUGCACAAGAUGAUCAUGCCACAGAUGAGGAGAAGCUGGCCUCCUCCACCAAUCAUAAGUGGACAGCCCUGCAUGAUAUGGACACAGACUUGAACUCUGACCAACAAGACUUCCCUCAGCCAUGCGACCUUACAUCUUUUGUUAAAGAGAACAGGCUCCCCCAGGAGGCUCCAGUUCAAGACUAUGAAAUUGAGUACAUGGAGAAGAUUGGCUCCUCAUCCCCACCACUUUCAACAAAGAAGCCAUCAUUGUACUUGAAGUUGGACUCAGUAUCUGACAACCUAACCAAAAAUGCAUGUGCACAUGGAUCUGAGCCCACCUCCCCCUGCACAGGGAGCUUUGAGGAGAUGGAGGCCCAGAUAACAGCAGGUAUGAAGACACCGGUUUUGAGCUCGCGACCUGGUCCUGAGGGUUCCGCCGGAGAGAAGGGCAAGAAGAGAGAAAACGAAGCACUCAGCCGAACGCAGAGCAUAGAGAGGGAUGAGCAGCCCCCAAGCCAGGGCCCUGUGGAGGCCCCUGCUCCGGCCCAAGCUAUGCCCUUAUUAGACAGGCUGUCUGAGUGUGACGACCCCCUGCAGUACCUGGAGCCUGACCUGGCCGAGACCAACCCCACAGCAUUCGCCCAAAAACUGCAGCACAGAGAUAUGACAACUUCAGCAGAGAGUACUGUAACCAAGAACGCACUAUACACCAGGACCACCACUUCCAGCAGCUACAUCGAGGGGGAGAGCCCCCACCUGCCCAGAGAUCUGGACCACUCACUGGGAAUCGCACGAGAGGAGAUUGUGACAAAGGAGAAAGAAGUACUAGAAUGGCAGAGAAAAUAUGAAGACAGUCGGCAAGAAGUGGUGGAAAUGAGGAGAAUUGUUGCUGAGUAUGAGAAGACAAUUGCUCAGAUGAUCGAGGAUGACCAGAAAGAGAAGUCUCUCUCCCACCACACCAUCCAGCAGUUGAUCAUGGAGAAGGACCAGGCCUUGGCUGACCUCAACUCAGUGGAGAAGUCUCUAGCGGACCUCUUUCGUCGUUAUGAAAAGAUGAAAGAUGUCCUGGAGGGCUUUCGCAAGAAUGAAGAGGUACUGAAGAAAUGUGCUCAGGAGUAUCUCUCCAGGGUGCGCAAGGAAGAACAGAGAUACCAAGCCCUUAAGAUCCAUGCAGAGGAGAAGUUAGACAAGGCUAAUUCAGAGAUAGCUCAGGUUCGAGUCAAGGCCAAGCAGGAACAAGCUGCUUACCAAGCCAGCCUGAGAAAGGAGCAGAUGAAGGUGGACUCUCUGGAGCGCACAUUGGAGCAAAAGAACAAAGAGAUUGAGGAGUUGACGAAGAUCUGUGAUGAGCUGAUCGCCAAGAUGGGGAAGAGUUAGCCACCAAACUGAAUCUCACAGAAAACCUUAGCAGUUUGAAAAAGAGUGGGAUCACUCCUCCGAGAAGUCAUGGGCAUCUGAGGCCAAAGAGGUCUUUGUUUUUUUAAAACUAUCUAUUAACUUUGUGUGUACAGGAUUCACAGGAAUAACUUCCUUUAUUACUCUGUAUAUUUUUAUGUGUCAGUGUAUUGUACCGUAUCAGGGUCUGGUUUAAAGUUUUAGAAAAUCUAUCAUAUCACUGAUGAGUGUGUCUGUGGAUAAUGGUGUGUGCGUGUGUGUGUGCGUGUGUGGGUGUGUGUGUUUUAAUGAGAAAGUGCAAGGAUUGUUUGUGGAUUAAAUAGUGUAUUAUGAUGUUGCCAUGACAGCCACUGAGGGAGGCGACUGUU